CUUCAGUUCUUCUGUGUUUCUCAGAUUAAACAUUUUUAUUGUAUCGUAAAUUGUAAUCGUAAUCUUUAAUUCUCAAUAGAUAUUUUAAUAAUGUCCGAAAACCAACUAUCAGCUGUCGAAACAGAAUUAUACGAUAGACAAAUACGUUUAUGGGGAAUAGAAUCUCAGGAAAAAUUAAGAGCAGCAAAUGUUUUGCUUAUUAAUAUCCGAGCUUUGGGCUCAGAAAUUGCCAAAAAUAUACUUUUAUCUGGAAUUAAUUCAUUAACUAUAUUGGACGAUGGAAUUGUUACUGAAGAAGAACAAGAAAAAAACUUUCUACUCAGUAAGGACAGUAAAGGGAAAAAGAUUGCAGAAGAAGUUUUACUGAAAGCACAAGCUCUUAAUCCUUUGGUUAAAAUAAAAGCUGACACUGAUUCUCCAGCUUCUAAGGAUCCCAGCUAUUUUAAAGAGUUCACCAUUAUUGUUGCUACCUGCAUUAAAACGGAUUUGCUGUUGAAAAUUGACAAAGUGUGCAGAGCCAAUAAUGUCAAAUUCAUUUUUGGAGAUGUAUUUGGAACUUUUGCAUAUUCUGUUUCUGAUUUUCAAGAUCAUGAAUAUCACGAAGAUCAAGUUCAGUUAGCUGGGAAGAAAAGGACGCAUGAAGGAGCAGAAAAAACCACUGUAAAAGUUCAAGGUGUUGUGAAUUAUCCAGAACUUAAGAAAGUCCUAAUAUUACCCAAUACAAAACAGAAUGCAGAUUGUAUUAAAAAAUCUAAACGGCGAAACGAGUUGUUCUUCAUUAUGUUGUCUUUGAUUGAAUUCAGAAACAAGAAGAGUCGAAAUCCUUCGCUCGAAUCAAAGGAAAACGAUAUUAAAACUCUACAAGACAUCAAAAAGGACAUUUUCCAGUUGUAUCAAGUGGAUGAAACAAAAUCAAAACUCGAUGCGGAUAUUUUUGAAAUCGUUUUUGGUGAAGCGAUACCAGUUUGUGCAGUGUUGGGAGGCGUUAUCGCGCAAGAAGUUAUCAAAGCUGUAUCAGGAAAAGAAGUUCCGAUAAAUAACGUAUUUUUAUUUGAUCCUAUUACCUAUGAUGGGAAGGAAGAAACUGUUGGCGUCUAAAAUGUUCAAUGCUUAGAAUUUUAAGUUGUAUUUUUGUAUUGCUAUUUCUUAAUUUUGUGAUUUAAUAUUUCUAUUUAAAAAAAAACCUGAAAUAAAAAGAAAUCAGAUGAA